GAAAAAAAAAUCUCUCAACCACCCACGCAGACGUCACGCGCAACGUCACCAAUACCCGCCAGACGUCGCAUGUCUCUGGAACAAAUUCCAGCACCUUGUCAAGCAGGCGAGAGCGACCAGGGCGAGCCCGUGGAGUCUACCAGGCAGUAGUGAGCAGAGCUUUGUUUCCAGCGGCCACGGGCAGGCAAUCGCAACAGCAACAAUAACAUCAACACACACGGGAAAAGAAACAUCAAGAGUGCCAGAUUCUCCAACGAGAGCAAGCCCUAAGACCCUAAAUAGUUUAAGUCCAGGUAUACCGAGCCAAGAAGCUGGUUUUAUAGAGUCGCUAAGCGUUUACUUUUCAAAUCAAGAACAAAACAGCAACACAAGAAUGUCUAUCAGUUACGUCACUCCGCUUGUCUACGUCAUCCUACUCUCCACGUCAGUUUUCUCCGCGCCCUUGAACAGCAAGCCAGAUGAAGUGAAGAAGAGAAGUGUGGACUCAGCAUCUAGCAAGGGUCAAGAGCAGGAGGAAGAUCUUCGUGACCUUCUCAACUUAGUCAACAAAGAAAGUCACCAAAAUGACGUCAUGGUACACAAAGAGAAAGUCUCCCAUUUUGAAAACAAGAACGGAGAGAAGGUCAAAGUUGAAGAGAAAGAAGAAAAAGUGGUGGAUGCUAAAACUGGAAACGUGAUAGCCGACGUGAAACAGGAAGUGAAACAAGAAGCUACGGGAAAUUCCAAACCAGAGACGAUCGUGAAAACAAAAAUCGACAUUCCCUCAGAGGAUGUCCAUGAAACUUUUGUCCAGGAAGGCACGGACCCCUCUAAGGACAUCGCCCAUGAGGAGCAGGACCUGGAACCAGAGCUGACCCCAGCGGAUAUGGCUGAGUACCUCUAUUUAACCCAGCAGUUUGAUGCGUUCUAUGCAGCACUGGAUCGACUGGUUAACCAAUCAAAGAUGACCUCUGAGGAUGCCCAGAACUACGCCAAGAGUGUAGCUCUCCAGUACCAGAAACUUCAAAUUGAGGAUUACGAAGACAGGGUCCUGGCUGAGAAACGGAUGUACCCAAGGUAUCCAGUCGACCUGGAGCAGGUCCCAAUCGUAGACAUGGAGAGUCAGAGUGGACCAGGUUACGCUGCAGCUGACCGAUACGCACCAGCUGAACUCUUUGGUUACCCAUCCCAGGCGGAAGAACAAUAUUUGGCGCAAUCCCAGGAUUUUGGUGGGGAUAUCAAUCUCUACGACUUUCUGGCUGCUCUCUGGAACGAGGCCUAUGGGAAAGGUAACGAGGAAGCCAAAGAGAUUGUACGCAUGCUGUACGAGAGGGUCAGCCAAGACAAUAAUCCAGACGACAUUGGACAGAUCAGAGACAUCUUAGUUGAUACAGUCGCCGCUUCCCUGAACGAGAAACCGUACAACGUCAGGCCUAACGAUGUCAUUUCACAAACAUCGGCACUCAAGAACGCCAGGCCAGUAGAAGCUCUUAAGGAAACACCCAAAGAAAAAGUCAAGGAAGAGGCUCUCAAGAAAGUUGAGGAGAAAAUCGUGAAGGAAGUCAAAGAGGAAAUCAAAGAGGCAAAAGCUGAAAAACAAGCAGAGGCUAAAGCAGAACAACAGAAACAAUAAGCAAUGAAAGGUUUGUAUGACUGAUGGACGUAUAUCUGAGUUGUACAGAUGAAUUUCCGACUGCUGGAUGAAUGACAGCAACAUGUGAGAAACAACAGAGCCAUCCUCACUUUCAGGAGCGUGUACUCUUGAUGAAAUCUAAAAAGACCUUAUCUUGAAAGGGAAAUAAUUGAGAAAAUAACGUUUUUAAUGCCACUACUCAUGUGUUUGGAAAGGAAAUGAAAUCAUUGGAAACAACUGAAUGGACCCUUCAAGAAACACAAAUAAAUGUGAACUAAAACAAAAUAACAAUGGAAGAAAAAAUCAAACCUCUAGAAGCAACUAAUUUCGAAAAUGAAAAAAAAAAAAAGGAUUUCUAAACUCAAGUCAUCAAAUAUAAUGCGAAAUCUGCAACAUGUCUUACUUUGUCCUUAUUGCUGUGGCAUAUUACCGUGUUUGCAUACUGUGUACAAUAUUUUGUUUCUCUUUCUUUCAACUAUAGUUUCUGAUUUUUAUUUGAUUUUAAUAAUUCAGAAUCUUUUCACAAUUUUUUAAAUUUUUCUUUGAAUUUAUUUUUCAAAAAUAAAUCUUGUGAAAAAUCGAUUUUACUUAUUUUUUUUAAUUGCAGAUUUUUAAAAAAAAAAAUAUUUUAGUUGGCUAAAAAAAUGUUUGGAAAAAAAAUGCUAAUUGUCUGUGGCUGGUAUGUUGCACACGUUUGAGUUGCAGUUGCACAUUCAUGGUGUUGUUGUUAGGCUUUUGUGCUAAGAUGUUUCAUUCUAAUUUUGUAUAACUAUUUUCCAACUACCGGUAAUCUAUAAAUAUAUACAUAAACCUAUAAACUGAUACAAUAUUUACACUUUAUACAUUGUGACAAUAGUGUUCAAAUCAAUCUUAUGUUUAUACCUUGUCCUCAAACUGACUCUAAAUGUUUGGCUUCUUUUGUUCAGGUAUACAAUAAAAAUACUUUCUAAAAAAAAAAGAUGUUUGUAACAUCAUUGUAUUACUUUUUUAGCCAAGUGUUUAUUUCAAAUUUAUUUUUUUUUUAAAAAAAAAAAAAUGGGCUUACAUUUUUAAUUAGAUAAAUACCUGCUUGACGAAGGAAGGGUUACUUUACUAGUAUCAGAAAUUAUAUUAACAGCAAACAGAAUAUCUUUAAUCGAGAUUUCGUAUUGCAAGCGUUCUUUGCAAAGGCUUAAAGUCAUUGCAUCAAGUGGCUAAAUACAUAUGUACAGUGGCCUAGCCAGGGUGGGGAGGAAAUAAGAAAAUCCCACCCCCCGUGCUCCCACUUGAGGGGAGCCCCCAAAUGAGUGUUUUUUUGCAUUAAAUAUUACGCAAAAUGCAGGAGCCCCCAUAGAGGUCAAGCCCCCCAGGUGCCCCAAAUGAUGGCAAACUCCUAGCUACGCCCCUGUAUCUGUAUCAAAAUUUGUUUUGUGACUGAUAUACAUGUAUAUAGCAUACAAAUAAUUGUUGGACUCAGAAAAUACAUUUAUAUGUAUAUAUUUGUGAACCUUAAAAAUGGAAUUCUCUCCCCUUUAUUGUUUUCCGUCUUCUUUUGUUUGAGAAAUGGUAAUCUAUAAUUUGAAUACAAUUUCCAAAUAAAAUCUUCAAAAUAAUUGUUAAUACAAUUAUGAAAGCAAAAAUUAUACAAACUUUUUUUUUCAAAGUAACUUUAUAAAAUAGGCCUGUUUAAUAAAUUUUUUUUUAUAUCAAAUUCUUAUAGGGGACGAAAUUCUAUUUUUAAAAUCUCUGCUUCUUUCCCUUGUCUUGCGAGUAUUGUGAUCCUGUGUAUCCCAAGCGGUCUUUUCUUUCCAGAAAAGGCCUCAAAUAAAACUUGUGUCUAUGCGUUUGUAUUGGUAUGGUCUUUGAUCUUCAUUUCUUUUUAUAGCGUUUUGUUUUAAUCGUGUCUAAAGAACACAGAAAAAAAAAUUGGUCUGAGGAAUAGAAAUUUUCCUACUUUUAUACUUAUCAACAUUCUAAGAUAUCUGUAACUAAUGUAUAAGUAAUGUUUGAGAUCUGCAUGUCUACAUAAUGCGUUUGUGUGGCCGUGCUUAUAUGCGGACUUGUUGUUAGAGGAGAUAAAGUUUAGACAUAACAAUGUUUCAUGGAGACAUUUCUUUUUAGUGUCUUCUGCGGUAAAGUCCAGUUUGGGGUUAUCUUUUUUUUUCCACUUCCGGUUCGUGUAUUUAUUUUUUUACCUUUAACUUUACGCGACAUCUUUGUUUCUUUUUAUCUCGUUUGUCAGUAUCUGUUCCAAUCUCUGCGUGACUUUUUAUCUGUCAGUCACAGCGUCUUUGUCUCUCUUUCAUUCUAUCUAUCUAUCUAUCUAUCUAUCUAUCUAUCUAUCUAUCUAUCUAUCUAUCUAUCUAUCUAUCUAUCUAUCUAUCUAUCUAUCUAUCUAUCUAUCUAUCUAUCUAUCUAUUUCACACAUACACACAUACAAGAUUGCACAGACACAUUCUUUAUCUCACUAUCCAUCUAUCUAUAAAUCUUUCUUUUUUUUCAAUCUCUCUAUCUAUAUGUCUAUCUCUCUCUCUCUCUCUCUCUAUAUAUAUAUAUAUAUAUAUAUAUAUAUAUAUAUAUAUAUAUAUAUAUAUAUAUAUAUCUGUCUGUCUGUCUAUCUAUCUAUCAAUCGUAAUAGACGGAGCUAUCUAUCUUUUGAUCUAUUUAUCUGUCUCUACACUUGCUCUAAUUUAUUUCCCCCCUUGAUCUCCGUGAUCUCUGUCCUAUGCUCUUAAAAAACAAAAUGUCUAACUUCGUAACAGUUUAAAGAGGAGAAAUCAAUGGAAAGAUUGGCAUAAAAAAACAUGCGCAUUUGUUUCAAAUCUGCAAUGCUAACACAUACAUAAGGUCUACAUAUUUCAUAUUGACAAGUAAAAAGGGAACAGCCGAAAGACAGUCUUAGUUUGAAUAGCAAAAAAAAAAAUUAAAACUAAAAAUAUUUUGUGAAAAAAUAUAAGUGUUGAUGAGAUUUUUAAAAUUACAUCUCUAAAAAGGGGGGGGGAGGUUGAAAAUUUGCAAAAAUAUGGUGCAGAAAUAUUCAGUUAAAUGUUUAUAUUUUCAUUUUCAUUCAUAUUUUAAUCUGACGUUUCCAGAAUAUAAAGAAUUGUUAAGUGAUUUUGGGUUUUGAACAAAUUGAAAAAGAAGUGAACUAGUUUAAGAAAUGUUUGAAAAAAAAAAUUGUACUUGUUUGAAAAUGAACUUGACAUUAAAAUCUUCUGACUCUUUGUUUUAGCGAUGAUCAGAAAUAAACCCAGAAUUAUUUGAGAAAAAAAAACCAAGCUUCUGAAAAUAUAUUUGUUGUAAUAAAAUAAAAAGUUGGUUCUGUAAA